GAUAGAGAUCAGAUGGUGACUGAAUAGAAGCUGCCCCAGUCCUGGGUCCAUGAUGUAUGCACCAGUUGAAAUCUUAGAAACUGAAUACCCACGAGUUGAAUACCAAAGGAGACAACAGUUUUGGGACCCUAUUCGACUGGCUCUUUUUACAUUGGCAAUAGCAGCCAUCAUAGGAAUUACGAUUGGUAUUGUUACCCAUUUCGUUGUUGAGGAUGAUAAGUCAUUCUAUUACCUUGCCUCUUUUAAAGUCACAAAUAUCAAGUACAAAGAAACUUAUGGAAUAAGAUCCUCAAGAGAUUUUACAGAAAGAAGUCAUCAGAUUGAGAGAAUGAUGUCUAGAAUAUUUCGACGUUCUUCUGGAGGAGGUCGAUACAUCAAAUCUCACGUUAUCAAAUUAAGUCCAGAUGAAAAAGGUGUGAACAUUCUAUUAGUGCUCAUGUUCCGGUACCCAUCUACUGAUAGUGUUGAGCUAAUCAAGAAAAAGAUAGAAAGGAACUUAUAUCAAAGUAUGAAGAUCAAACAGUUACCUUUGACUAUAAAUAAACCAUCAUUUACACUCACACCUAUUGACAGCAGAAAGAUGCGAAAUCUUCUCAACAGUCGUUGUGGGAUAAGGAUGACAUCUUCAAACAUGCCAUUACCAGCAUCAUCUUCUACUGAACGAAUUGUCCAAGGAAGGGAAACCGCUAUGGAAGGGGAGUGGCCGUGGCAGGCUAGCCUGCAGCUCAUAGGGGCAGGCCAUCAGUGUGGGGCUACCCUCAUCAGUAACACCUGGCUGCUCACAGCGGCUCACUGCUUCCGGAAGAAUAAAGACCCAAGUCAAUGGAUUGCUACUUUUGGUACAACUAUAACGCCACCUGCUGUGAAACGAAGUGUGGGGAAAAUUAUUGUUCAUGAAAACUAUAAACGAGAAACAAAUGAAAAUGAUAUUGCUUUGGCUCAGCUAACUAGCCGUGUUGAGUUUUCAAAUAUAGUCCAGAGAGUUUGCCUUCCAGAUUCGUCUAUGAAGUUGCCCUCAAAAACAAGUGUUUUUGUCACAGGUUUUGGGUCUAUUGUAGAUGAUGGACCAACACAAAAUAAACUCCGGCAAGCCAGGGUAGAAACCAUAGGCACCGAUGUGUGUAACAGAAAGGAUGUGUAUGAUGGCCUGAUAACUCCAGGGAUGUUAUGUGCUGGAUUUAUGGAAGGAAAAGUAGAUGCAUGUAAGGGCGAUUCUGGUGGCCCUCUGGUCUAUGACAAUCGUGACGUCUGGUACAUUGUUGGUAUCGUAAGUUGGGGACAAUCAUGUGCUCUUCCAAAAAAACCUGGGGUGUAUACCCGAGUGACUAAGUAUCGAGACUGGAUUGCUUCCAAGACUGGCAUCUAA